CUGUGUCUUUCCGCGCACGUGUGUACGGGUGUGUCCUACGCGCACUGUAGUUGCACUAAUUGACACCCCAGGUCACCCUAAUGCUCCCAAUGUGCCCUUUCAGGUGGGAACAGGAUACGGAAUCGAUGAGCGCCUCUUAUCAGGUGAACAUCUUUACGGGAUGCUUGCCAGCCUGGGCGGCGCAGUUUACAUAACAUUGGUUGGUAAGGAAAUGCAUCCUUUUAAUGUCGUCUCCAUAACUGGAAAGACUCGCGCGGGUCAUCAAAAUACUGUCCCCAACAUUUGAUUUCAAAGACAUUUUCGAGCCAGUUCGGUAAAACCGGAGAAGUAUGCGGAGCUGCUGUGGCGUGGCAGAGGAGUAAACGACUGCAUUGUGAGCUACGGGAUAAGAAGUGGACCGACCUGCUAGGAGGGCCCUGAGGCAAAAAUGAGCCGCUACACCCCUACUGACCCCCCGUCCCUCCCGGUCUGUUUGCGGCGCGGUACGUAUGACGGGGACGUGAGGUUACUACAUGUCCCCAGCCUCGCCGCGUGAUAAGCAACUUUAGUGCCCUCCUCGGCUGUAGUUCCGCCUCCCGACCAGCAGACGUCUACAUAAACAAAUGUUCGCCAAUGUUUAAGAUCCUCGAAGCGGAAAUCGCCCGUUGUUGGUCUUCCGGUCUUCCUGGGCAGCAUGGCGAACUCCGCGCAUGCUGAAGACGACCCAAAACAUGUGAAAAUGUCCGGCGAAAUCCCCGCCGCCUGCGCCCAAGUCCAGCCGAGCGACCUGCCCCCGGUAACGGGCAGCGAUGCGGGCGCGGUCCCGUGCUCGAUCCCGUCUUUUGUGGCCGCCUCCGAGCUGCUGUCGGCGCCCUACUCGUGUCUGGUCAUGAACACGCACCGGAGACACAUCGCCCUGCCGCCCAUGUACCUGAACAAGAAGAGGACGGGCAUACAGGAGGAGCUGGAGGCCGAGCUGCUCAAGUUCUCCCAGGGUCUGAAAGGAGUACCUUUGGCUUAUGACGGUAUCAAGAUAGUGGGCCGGCACGGAGACAUCUAUGAUGACAACGGUUACGUCCACAUGGACAUAGAGGCCAACUUUAUCGUGUUUCAGCCCAAAAAAGGACAGAAACUGCUGGGUAAGGUGAAUAAACUGGGAGCAAGCCACGUGGGCUGCCUUGUGCACAGCUGUUUCAACGCCAGCAUCCCCAAACCAAACCUGGUCUCUGUGGAGACCUGGAGGGACGCGGGGCCGAGGAUCGGAACAGAGCUGGAGUUUGAGGUGACUGCACUUGACGCUGAUAUUGCAGGGGUGCUGCUGAUCAGAGGACGGCUGGACAGGACCAGGGUCCAAGAGCUGAUGGCUAUGGGCGAGAGCUCAGAGGCGAGCGUCCCUGCAGAGCAGCCAGACGCAGCAGACACAGAACCAAACCCAGAAACCACAGAGUCUCCUGGCGAUGCCCCCAAGAAAAAGAGUAAGAAGAAGAAAAACAAAGUCAGAGAGGAGGAGAGAGAAGAAGAGGUGACACCCUCCUGCCAACAGGACAGCAACACCCCACCAGAGAUAAAUGGAACAAUGGAUGAGGCAAACAGCAACGAAGCUGGUGUGAAAAAGAGGAAGAAAAAGAAGGAGAAACGUCUGAAAGAAGAGGAGGAGGAGGAGGAAGUUGAGCUAUGUCCCAUGGAGGUCCAUGGGAGCGACUCCAGUGGCUACGUCAGCGACAAGUCAAGCAAAAAGAGGAAACAUGAAACUGGUAGCGAUGCCGCAUCUGGUUUUAGUGCAGAUCCUGAACCCCCAAAAUCCAAGAAGAAGAGGAAAAGCCACAUUAACCAGUUUGCCUGAAAAACUGAAUCAUUUUCUUUUUUGAAAGCAAUACUAAUUGUGUAGAAUAAUUGAGGUGAUACCAGCCAGGGUAAUGACAGUGGAAUAUACUGACGUACCUUAACGAUUAAACACAAUUUUUACGGAGCAGAGUGUCAGGCUUGCAGUUGAAGCCUUUCUGCAGUCUCCUUUUGUAACUUGUGCAAAAGCACAUGAGAGGACAAAUGCAGACUCGACAGAACAGUCCCUAUUGGAUUGUAAUUCCCUCCCGCUGCCUGACGGGGGCGCACAACUGCUUCAUACAUCCACACUUUGACACAAACAUACGGGAGUGAAACCAUGACAGCUUCAUCUGUUUAGCAGGGCCAUGAAACGGGAAGGAUUUUGCCUUGGAGUUAUGGAGCCACUGGGACAAAGGAAACUGGUGCAAGACAAGUGAGACUGCCAAACUCAAUUCAAGAAAUUUGUUCUUUUGCAUUUUGUCUUUAAUAGCACAGUCUAUGAAAGUUGCAAGAAAAGGAGAUUUUAUUUUUUUUUUUAACCACAUUAUAUUCACAAUAUUCAGUCAGAAUCCCAGUAAACAUCAUACACUGCAAUGAUGAAUUGUUUCUAGUGCUGUACUGACCUCCUUUAGCGUUGCAUGAACAGUUAUCACAUGGUGUGUUGUCUUUUUUUGACAGAGAAUCUUAAGAAAUGGAAAUUAAAUACUCAGUUUUCCUCCCAAUUAAAGAUCACUAUAUAUUUUCA